UCUCCAUAAACCCUAGCUAAUUUGAACCUGCACAGCCUAAAAAACUUUCUUUCUUGCUCAAACUAAAUGCCUAAUAUUUUGUUCGUCAUGAUGACACCGGGCCUACUUAUAAGCUAAUUAGAUUUGUUCAUUCUACUGUAUAUUCAGAUGGAAGAUCCAUACUCGGCCAUGGAGGGGAGUACUGAAGAAUCCUCAUCCGAGGAAAACAGAGGAAAAGUUCGCUGGAUCUUGUGCAAGGGCUUAACAGUGGGAAGGAAUAUUUUGGUGACAGGAUUUGUGAUGUCUUCGGCUCCUGUGAUAGUUCCUCCUCUUGUGGUUAUCUCCUUUCUUGGGUUCGCUUGUUCGGUUCCGUAUGGGCUGUUGUUGGCGAGCUAUGCUUGCACUAAUAAGCUUAUGAGUAUCCUGCUUCCGGGGUCUAAACCCCCUCCAUUUCUUUUGGAUUAUGGACAAGUGUCGUAUACAGAUGUUGUUGAGGAUGAUGAUCAUGGUGAAGAAGAAGAUGGGUGGCAUAGAGCAGCUGUUGAUAUGGAGAAGGAAGAAGAAGAGAUGUUGGAGGAUACACGAGAAACAGUUGCGAUGAGGAUUGAAUUAGAGGAGAAUGACAAUGAUCGUUGUAUUGAUGUGGCAAAUCAUGGAGUUAUUAGAAAAGAUGAAAUUGAGAUAGUGGAGGAAAAUGGGUAUGAAGAAGCUGUUGAAGAGUAUGAAGAUGAAAACGAGGAAGAACCUAAGAAAUUAGAAGUUGAGGUGAGAAUUGAAGGAGAUGGAGAAGAGGAAGAGGAAGAGCCUGUGAUUGUGGAAAGCCCAGAUCAUAUGCCAGUUGAUGAUGUGGCUGCUGUUGUUGUUGAUAUUGAAGGAGAUGAGAAAAGCGGCGAAGCCAUUGAAGAUAUGGUAGCACCAUUUAAAGUGACAGACAUUGUUGUGGAACUAUGUAAGAGUAAUGAAGUUAAGGAAGAUGAAGAAUCGGUGAAAGAAACAAGUGGAUUACUUGAAAAAAUCAGGGAGGAGGGUAUGGCUGAUAAUGGAGAGAAGAACAACCAGAGUGUAGAGAAAUUAUCCCGAAAGGCAGUGGAGGAACACCGGCAAGUUAAUAAGAAUGUUGAAGAAAUGGAAAUGCCAAUGGAAGGUAGAAUUAGCAAUAACCCUCUUACAAAGGUAGAAAAGAACGACGACGAGGAUGUGCCAAAGGCGGAUGUGAUUCCCAAAGAGGGCGAAGUCGUUGGAACUACUGAUGUCUGUAGUGUCAAAGAAGAAGAGGAAAAACCCGUUUUAAACAAGCCUUUAAUGUUGCAGGGAGGAGGAGAUGAUAAUGUUGCUAAGGAUGUAGUACAAAAUGUCCAAUUGAAUAGGGAGAAGGAAAAUGUGACAUCUUCAAAUGCAGAUGUAAGAGAAAUUGCUGAUGAAAGUGGGUUUGAUUUGUUUCAAAAUAGAAAUGCAGUUGCCCAUUCAUAUGCAGAUUACAACACCUUUAGAGAAAAUGAACACUCUUCAAGUACCUAUGGAAAUCCUGAGACAGUUGAUUAUAUGGCGCUUCCUGUUUGUUCAGGAGAGCGCAAGUGCAACGAUGCUGCAAUUUGCUCACAGGAAGACAAUGGUAUGGCUUCCAGUAAGGAGGUGUACAGUGAGGAGAAAAUCCGGGAACUUAUGGAGGCAAUGCGGCUGAUAGUUGGAUACAAAGCAGCGCCACAGGGCACAUGCAUUGAGGAGUUGAAGAGACUGUAUUUGUUCACUGGAGUUGAGCCUCCAGCCUCGUUUAAGGACCCUUCUGAUCUUAUUGAAGUUACUGAAAAGCUCAGGUUUCUCAUGUGUAUUGUUGGAGUCAAGUAGAAGAUAUUUACUUUUUUUUUUUUUCUAGUUUUAAGUUGAUGUUUAAGGUGCAAAUAAUAUAGGGAAAUCUGACUCUUGCCGUCUAAUUUCAGAAUUAUCAUUUUAAUAUCA